AUGCCGACAACGGGUGUCAGUAGACCGGCUGAAAUCGGCAAAUCCAUACGAUCUGAGCUUAUGGAGACCGGCCCUGGAUACCGUUGUGCAGCAAGCAUCGUCUGUCCUCGCCUCAGGGACAUGUAUCGAAAUCGUCGGGUCUGUGGCCACAAGCGUCGAUUGAAAUUCCCUAUUUUUCCACAAAUCCUCUUCGCCUCUGACGACUUCGGCUCAAACUGUAGGAUGAAUGUGAAACUGACGAUGUGGCCACGGAGACAGGAUGCUGUGAAAAUUCCCUCCUUCGGGAGUCGUGUAAAGUAUAGUCUCCGCUGUCCAUCGAAGUAA